CCUGAUGAUCACAGGCUGAACUUCCUGGGUCACAGGAUGCUGUUGCAUCCCUUCGUAACUGGGAUACCGGGCUGAGGCGCUGCUGCUCCCCAACGGAGUCUGUGAGGGGAGAAACCUGCACUGACCCCCCCACAUCUGUGCCCAACCCGGGGGGACUUUCUGCGGCAGCUGGACCCCAGCCCCUGGGGCAGCCCCGGGCUCUGCCGCCACCAGCCCCUGAGCCGGAGCCUGCAGGAUUUCUGAUUCACCCUCUGUGAUCUCCUGGAUGGAAUGAGGCGAUGAGCUGUGGGUCCCAGAUCUCCAAGGAUUUGAGGGACAGGAGAUCCCAGGAAGCACGUGCGCCAGUGGGAAUCCCAUUCAAGCAACUCAGAAGCCCUCAGGUGCGUGAAUUAAAAAGCUAGGAUUCCCGCCAAAGCCCCGGAGUUCCCCCAGUUCUGCCUGAUAUCACCCCAGGUCUCCAGCAGUUUCUGUUCCUGAGACUCUUGUUCUCCCUGUCAGAGGCAAGGACUCAUGUCUGGAUUCUCUCCAUUUAUUGCAGCUGCAGAGGGGAUGGUGAAUGAGGAUGUGGAGGACAGUCCCCAGCAGAAUGUCCCUAAGGAGCUGGGGCUGCAGGGGCCUGGCCAGGGAGAAGGUUGUGGGACUGACAGCAGCUCAGAAAGGCAGCAGAGAAAUUGCUCAGGAAAAAGAAAGGUUCAGUCCCUUUCAUGUGACAAAGGCUUCAAGGGUGAGAAUGUCCCCCAGAGCUACCCAACUAGAGAGAAUAUAUACUUGGAUACAGAGUGUGGGGAAGGCUCUGGUCUGCACUCAGGUCUGGGACAACGUCAGACAGCCCAAUGGGGAGACAAACCUCAUAAAUGUGCCGAGUGUGGGAAAUGCUUUUGUGGGAGCUCGAACCUAAUUACGCAUCAGAGAAUCCACACGGGAGAAAAACCCUAUCACUGCCCCAACUGCAGGAAAAGCUUCAGCGUGAAAUCAAACCUCACGACCCAUCAGAGAAUCCACACGGGAGAGAAACCCUAUAAGUGCUCUCACUGUGAUAAAAGGUUCAGCCAGAGCUCAGACCUCACUAAACACCAGCGAAUCCACACGGGGGAGAGACCCUACAGAUGUGAUGCAUGCGGGAAAAGCUUCAGUCGGAGCUCGCGGCUCCUGACGCACCAGAGAGUCCACACGGGAGUGAAACCUUAUAAAUGCCCUAAGUGUGGGAAAAGCUUCCGCGUGAGCUCCCAUCUCACUAAGCAUCGACGGACCCACACGGGAGAGAGGCCUUAUCUGUGCUCGGAAUGCGGGAAGAGCUUUAGUCAGAGCUCAGACCUCACUGCCCACCAGAGGACCCAUACAGGGCAGAGACCCUACGGAUGCCCUGACUGCGGGAAAAGCUUCCGCCAGAGCUCACACCUCGUUAGACACCAGAGAACCCACACGGGCGAGAGGCCCUUCAGAUGCACUGAGUGCGGGAAAAGCUUCAGCGUGAGCUCAGAGCUCCUCGCCCACCAGCGAACUCACACAGGCGAGAGGCCCUUCACCUGCCCCAGCUGUGGGGAGAGCUUCGGCCGGAGCUCCACCCUGGUCCUACACCAGAGAAUCCACAGCCAGGAAAAGCCCUACAAAUGCCCCGACUGUGGUAAAGGCUUUGGCCGUCGGUCACUCCUCAUCCUGCACCAGAGGAUCCACCUGGGGGACAGACCCUACAGCUGUGGGGACUGCGGGGAGAACUUUAUUGACGGCUCCAACUUUGUGAAACACCAGAGAGCCCAUGUGGGAGAGAAGCCCUACAAAUGCCCCGAGUGCAGAAAAGGGUUUGUGCGCAGCUCGGAUCUCAUUAAACACCAGAGGAUCCACGCUGGGCACAAGCCGUUCACGUGCACUGAGUGCGGGAAGAGUUUCAGCGAGAGCUCCAACCUGCACAGGCACCGGAGGGCCCACACAGGUGACCGGCCCUACAAGUGCUCCAACUGUGGGAAGAGCUUCGGCCAGAGCUCUGACCUCAUCAAACACCAGCGCACGCACAUGGGUGACCGGCCCUACAAAUGCACUGACUGCGGGAAAAGCUUCAGGCAGAGCUCGGACCUGGUCAAACACCAGAGGAUCCACAAUGGAGAGAAGCCCUACAAAUGCCCAGACUGUGGGAAAAGCUUUAGUGUGAGCUCAAGCCUUGUCUCACACCAGAGAAUCCAUGUCGCAGCGAAGCCCUACGAGUGCACUGAGUGUGGGCAAAGCUUCAGCGUGAGAUCCACCCUGUCUACGCACCAGAGGAUCCACAGUGGAGAGAAGCCCUUCAAGUGCUCCGAUUGUGGGAAAGGCUUCGGCCGCAGCUCCAACCUGGUCAGGCACCAGCGGAUCCACACCGGGGACAGACCCUACCGGUGCUGGGACUGUGGGAAAAGCUUCACUCAGAGCUCGACCCUUAAUAGACACCGGAGAGUCCACAUGGGAGAGCGGCCUCUCCUGCCUGCUGCAUCAGAGUGAUGGACAAAGCCAAUGAUGUCUUGGCCAGCUGGCCAGAGGGUUAUUGGUACUCGGGGCCUGGCCAUACACCCCUCAUGGCUGUGCCCCUGGGCUGGCAUGACUGUGAAUGAUGAUUUUAUUAUCCAUAUAAAUGUCUAUCCUUUUCCUGAAUCCUAGUACACAUUCCUCAUCUCAGUACUUUCUUGGGUCUUUUCCUGGAGGCCUGAGUUCCCUCAUGUCAGCUGAGGCCUUGUCUACACAGGAAAGUUAAGGUGUGAAUUUAAACUGAUCUAGUUAUCCCUGUUUAACCCCCCAGCCCCACAUGGAAGCUUUUAUUCCAAUAUAAGGGUGGCCUUUUUCCAGUUUAGUUUACAACAUUUAGCCACAGGAAUUAAGCAAACUGAAUACGGCACUCUUAUGCUGGUAUAACUGGUAAAACUUUCCCCACACAGAGAAGUCCUGGGGCUCUCUGGUUUCAGGAACUUUGUGGAGUAAGACCCUCCCCCCCCUCCCCCUUUCAAACAGUGGAAAUGCAUGGAUGUCUUCUCAGUGAUCUCACAGGCUUCUUCAGGUCAGUUCAAAUCUUAACCCCUUCCUUUCUGCUUUCCCAAACAUCAGCGUUAGCUAGCCAGUGGUGGAAAUGUCUCAGACUUGGCUGAGUUCAUCACUGUACAGCAGCAUCAGCUACUUUCAGUGGUGGAAACAGUGCUGGGGAUGGUUCAGUGGUCCACGUUUGUUGGGGGUGGGGUGGGGGGGAAGCUGAUAGAAAGCGAGCUGAAAGGGGCUGUUCAGAUAAAAUACCCACAACAAACACUGAAAAAGGAUCUAGAUUCUGUUCUCAGUGAUGCUAGGGUGAAUACUGAGUGGCCCCACCAGACUCAGUGGAGUCACUCUGGAUCAACCCUGGUGUAGGAUAGAGUGGAAUCUGGCCAGAUGGGUACAUCUACAAAGUGGGGAAAAUAUAACCCAUGGCGGUGAGUUUACAAGCCCAGGUCUAUAGACUCAGGCUUGCAGGGCUCACACUAGGAAGCUGAAAAUAGCUGUGUCGAUGUUCUGGCUUGGGCUGGAGCAUGAGCUCUGAAACCCAGCCUGAGCUGGAAAGUCCACAUGGUAGCACGAGCCCCGCAAGCCCCAGUCUGUAGACCCAGGCUCUGAGACUCACUGGGAUAUUUUUGCUGUGUAGACAUACCCAUGGCAUUUAAUGGUUUAUUAUCUCCUCUUACUCUCUGCUAAGAACUGUGUUGUUACAGUGGGAGGAUGUGUACUCCACAAGUGUGUGUUUCCCCACUGGUUCCUAUAAGACUUCCUGUAUGAGUGGUGUUGCUUUCUGGGCAGAUUCAGUGAGCCAGGAAAUACAGCUGCAUUUUACAAGAGGAAUGAUUUUUUAAAGUGGAAAUUAAAAUAUAUUUCUGUGCAGAAUGUCUUCCCCCAAAUCAAGCCGGCAGUCUGGGGGACAUCAGCACAGCCACUGAAGAAGCUGGAGAUGCAUUUGCCAUAAUCCCCGAUAUCACUUAUUUCACCUCAGUGCUGCUUUCACACUUGUCAUUUUGUUAAUCGUCCUUUUUCUUUGAGUGCAUUUGUCGGAGUCCUGGUGUGGAUGCUGGUUUUGCUCACUGUUCAUGGAGGCCACUUUUGUUCACUGUUCAUGCUACGUCUCAACAUAGAGCUAUGCUGAUUUAUACCAGCUGAGGUUCUGGCCCAAAGAGAGUACAGCUGGGAUGUUUUAAAGCUUAAAUUAAAAAAUAUAAAAAAGUUCUAUGAGGUCACAUCUAAGGUACCAAUGCAGCAUUGUUCUCUACUGUAUAUUUAUAAGACAUCAAUGCAAGAGAUGUCCUCUGUGUGUCAUGGAUCCACAGGGUCUGGUUUAUGUCUCAGCCUGUAACCCUGGGGAGUGACCUCGAUAGACUGCCAGGUCCCAAAGAGCCACACAAUUCCACAGAAUGCGGCCCAUGGCCUCCAAGACUGGGCUGGUGGCACCAGUGAUCCCGGUCUCUCUCCAUGGCUCCCUGCAGCAAGUCCAGCAGAGCCAGUCUCCUGUGAGAGGCUUGUCCUGUACUCCUCCAGAGCGCAAUGUUUCCUGUAAAGUAUUUGCAGCAACACCAGGAAGCCUUUUCAAAACAAGGUAACAAUUUAUCAGUCAGCUGGCUCACAGAAUCUGAAAGUCUGUAGGUUAGCAUAGAAAGAAAAAGAAGUGAAGACAGAAUUCAGUCUGGCCCACGUCAGGGGCAUCCUAGCUCUUAACACAGCCACCUGGCACUUUUCCCCUCCAAAGUUUGUCUCUCUCACCAACAGAAGUUGGUCUUUCUACUACCUCUCCUCUUUCUUCUCCAGCAGGGAAGCCAAGAAGUGUGGGAAAUCUCCUUCCUCUUGGCUGUUGGUUGCUAGGUGUUACUGUCCCCCUCACUGGGGUUUCCAUGGUCUCUUCCGAUCCACCAUUCACAUGUGUAGACUUUAUUUAGUUUGUUAGUGAUUCUGGUUUCCAGCCUGCCUGCUGAGUUAACAGCUCAUCCCUUUGCUUUACACUCAGGGCUUGUCUACACGUAAAAUGCUGCCGUGUGGCUUGCACCACUGUAGUGCUUCAGUGAAGACACUACCUAUGCUGACGAGGGGGCUUCUCCCUCAGCGAAGGUAUGCUUCCUCCCUGAGAGGCAGUAGGUACGUGAAUGGGAGAAUUCUGUUGACCUAGCACUGUUUACAUACUGGGGGUCAGGUCGGUUUAACUGCAUGUUCACAGGUAUAGAUUUUCACACAAUCCUUAGUAAUGUAGUUCUACUAUGGCAAUGCAAAGCCUAGAGGAAAACUGAGGCACACACAGGCAUCAUACAAAUACUACCAAAGCCCCCACAUUCAUCAUAUUACAGAAGUCAUGUACAGACGAGCAUGCCCUUUCCCUAACCCCACAGUAAACCCUACUUAGACAGUGUACUACAGAUGGUAUGUAAGAGCACAGAGUAGGAGUAAAAAAUUGAUGGCCUAUAUAGACUGCCAAAAUUCACACCUCACUGAGCUUCAUAGUUAUCCUGUUCCCUGAAUUACACCUAAGGAAGGCUGCACAGUUGGGUGAAAGGAAAACAUACAGUGGAUGGAUUCUAUUAAAAUGAGUGAACUACACCCCAAAGGGAGUAGAGAAGUUGCAUAAAAAACCAAAGGCCAACAUUUUCAGACUUAGACUCAGGGUUUGUAAAGCUAUUCGGGUGCUUAAACUUAAGAGUUGGGUUGCUUUUUACCCUUUUGCUGAAUAGAUUUUGGGAGGAACUUUAUUUUCCAGCCCAGAGGCUUGCCCCCCCUGGCUCCAUGCAGCCUAGUUGAGCUGUGUGCCUGGAUACGGUCCUUUUUUUACUUGCUCUUUCCUCUCUGACACCGUGUUCUCUUCCAGGCUGGUACUACUUUUAAAAGCUUUGUUUAACUUAUUUUGCAACUUUCUCUCCUCUCCCCUCCUCCACCUACCCUUUCAAACCAGAGCGUAGGAAUCCCUUAUCCAAGGCUAGGUCUCUAACAGGGGCCUUUUGUCUUCUGUGGGGAUUUUUAGCAAACGACCUUGUCCUGUCCAUGGACAGCUCAUUCUUGUCAUAAGGGGCUCCCUUUGACUCCCUACAAAGUCCCAGGAUAAAGUAAUUUGAGCCAGUUGGCUGAAAUUAAAGUAAAAAAAUAAAGGGUUAAGGAACCAUUUAUUCACCCGUUCUGUGCACACACUCCGACCUACAGCAUCCUGCCACCCAAGCCAGAUGUUGAUCAUGUAACAGGAAGUAGGAGACAGGCUGAUGGCAGGUUUGGAUGGUACUUGAAAAUGGCCAAAUUAAAACAAAGAACUUGAAAACAAAAUUGUUUCAAGUUGACAGAAACAUUUUGGUUGACUCAAAACUAAAUGAAAGACCAAACCAAAGAUUUAUAGUCAAUCAAAAUGUUUUGGAAGACUUGAAACAAAAUGUGUUUCAGUUUCUCACUUUGAUGAAAACCAAAAAAUCCAUUAUGCACUCACUUCUGCUCUCUGCUACUGUUUAAUUCUAUUAAUAAAUGAAAUACUGAUAGGAAGGGAACAGGAGGAUCUGAAGUUUAUACCUUUUUGGAUAAAAUCUGACAGAGCUUUUCUCACCAGCUGGACCUACUUUUAUAGACUACCAUGAAGUCAUGGGAAUGUUGAGAUAAAUUAUUAUUUCACCAAAAUAAUUUUUGAAGCACAAAUACCUGAAAGGAUUCCCCAGAGCCUGUGGCUAGAGCCUUCAAUAAAGAAUUAAAUUCACUGAGAUUAGCAAAGAUUUUGAGGGUGCCAAUCCCUAAAAGACCUACAUGGAUAAUUUCAGGAGGUUUCACAUGACUCACAAGGAAGAGGGUUCUAUAGAAAAGUUCUUACAAAUAUACACAGUCCAAGUAUUUUAAAAACCUGCCAUGUCUGAUGGAGCAAACAUAUCUCUGUCCUUGAGCAGAUCUAAUCAUCACUGUGGAAUUUGAGGGGAGCCCAAAGGGGAGCAGUAAUGAGGUUAGAUUUUAAAAUCAAGAUUUGAUGGCCUAUUCCUACCCACCCCCACUUUUCACCUCUCUCUGUGAUGUCCUGGUCUACACUACAAAGUUAGAUCGACAUAACUCCAUCUCCCUCCCUCCAUUUCAUUAUGAUUCACCCCUUCCCUUCAUUUUAAUAUCGCCUCCAGAGAGACAAAGGGGAACCCAAAACUGUUACCAUUUCAUGUUUCCCCUGAAACUGCUCUUUCCUGGGCAUUAAAAACAGGGGAGCAGACUCCCAGGGCCGAGCAUCACUUUCCUGCCCUUCCCCAGCAUUUUCUCUUUCAAUCACAUAGAGGCUCUGCCUCAGGAGCUGAUGUCAGCUAAGUCUGGAGCUGCCCUUGCAGGCUAGUUCCAGCCACUGGAGAAAGUGCCCGACUCAGGCAGGCACAGAGGCAGGUUUAAUGAAGGUCCACGGCCCAGAUCCCACUUGGGAAGCAGCAGGUCCAACUUCUGGAUGUUGUUUCUAUUAGUCUGCAUGUGACCCAGGAAGCUCAGCUGGUAGGGGAGUGGAGGGAACAAGACACCCCCCUUCCCCAUAGCAAUUACCAGAGCCACUAGUGCUUGGAGCGAAUUAACCUCACACACCCCCCCCCCAACCUUGCUGUAUUCAGAUAGUUGUGUGAUGGCCAAACUGAAAAAAUUUGUUAGUUUCAGACUGAAAGUGACUUUUUCCUCACAAAAAAACAAACAAAAACAGCUUGAAAUAAAAUGUGGAUUCAAAUAAUUGACACUGCUGAAUUUUUGUUUGUUUGUUUUCAGCCAAACUAUUUCCAGAAUCAACUUGAAUUCUUAAGUAGUUUCAAUACCCCCCAAAACACAUUUUUGGUCAAUUUACUAUUCACUGCAAAAAAUAAAAAAUUCACUCAGCUCCAACCAGCUACCCAUAAAGCAAAGAAAUCCACUUUUGAAAACUUGUUUGUGCAUCAGACAUAAACAGAUACAGACAUAAAACAUCUCCUAAACCUGAGGUGUGACCAACUUCCAGAUGAAAUUUCUGUGGGGCAGCAGAAGAAAGAGAGACUUCCGCUUGAAAUCACUAAAGGCCAAAUCCUGAGAUCAAGGGACCUUUGCUGAGAAGGGAACUCAGAAUUUACAUCCCCAAUAGGCCACAGCAGUCUGGAGUGGUAUCCCCUCUUCCCUAUGCCUAAUAGUUUUUAAAUUGCAUAUCAAGGCAGGGGACAUGCUCUGGCAAUGAGAUCUGGGGAACAGUCUCUGCAGUGGAAAGAGUGGGAAGCCAUUUAGGUUUUAGCAUGGACAAUCUGUUGAAGGUUUUGUAGUCACAAGCGACCUGAUAUUUGGAGAGGGUGAGGGAUGGGUAGUAUUUCAAGUAGCAGUUCCCCAACCCAGCAACACUAGUACAAGGCAGUUGCCCCAUCCUCAUGCACAAUAUCCACAGGGGUUGAUGAGCACAUUUUAAAUGUUUAAUUGCAGUCAUAAGGGUUGGACAUUUUUUUCUUUAAAAAAACCUGAAGAUUAUUUAUUUGUAUCACCAUAAUGCAUAGGAGCAGCCCUACAUUUAGGUUCUGGAACAUGAUUCUGCAGCAAGGGGUGGGAGUGAGGUGAAUUAGACUGUUAACGCCACAGCAACAAAAUUGCAGACAACCUCCAGAAAACACCCACUUUGCUGAGGGAAACAGGAUGGGAAUAAAUGGACAUUUUCCAUUUCUAACUUUGCUUAUUCUAUUAUACUCCAAUUCAAAUUAAGUAAACUGGGAAUUUAUAAUUCAGGAACUGCAAUUUCAAUGUGGAUACCUUAUCAGUACUGCUAACUCAUACAAGGAGCAGAUUAACUCCUCGAUUGAUUCUCUUGUUAUGUAGUUUUAUACUGAACCCAGGUAUUUUAGACACCACCUAAAUUAAUAAUAUAUUUACACAUGCCUUAUGCUGGGAUUAGCUCUUUGAUACUUGCUCCUAGAAGAAUAAAUGAAUAAAUAAAUCUGAAAAUAAAGCGAGUAGUGACAGGAGAAAUACAGUGCAUGUGAUAACUCAGAUUCUAACUGGGGCAGGUACAAGGAAUUCAGCCAUGCAGCUAUCUUAGUCAUAGGAUUUUUUAAUGGGUAAAUGUCAGGGGUAGCCAAACCAUGGCUUGUGAGCCACAUGCAACUCUUCUACAGUUAAAGUGCGGCUCAUGGAGCCCCCCCACCUC